AUGACAACGAGCUUGACUCUUUUACAAGGAUUUAGUCCGAAAGUACGUGGAAAGGAACAGAAUGAAUGCAGAACUCUGCAAAUAAACAUGCCGCCACCUGUAAACGUUGAUAUUGAAUUCAAAGGUGUGACAAUGGAAGCUACAACUGGAUUCAUUAAAAAAAAUAAAAAGACUAUUUUAAAUAAUAUUUCCGGACAUUUUAAGUCCGGGGAGCUAACAGCCAUAAUGGGACCGUCUGGAGCAGGCAAGACAUCACUCCUUAACGCACUUACAGGAUUUUCAUUAAAAGGAGUGAAGGGUUUGAUACGAGCUGGCAACAGCGUAUGUGAUUUUGACAGAACUAAUUCAUAUCAAACCUUGAACGCGUAUCGCAAGAAGUCGUGCUACAUACUGCAAGACGAUAAGCUAAAUCCUUUAUUUUUGGUCUCCGAACAAAUGCAAUUCGCUGCGGAUUUAAAAUUAGGCGAUACAUUUACGCAGAAGUUAAAAAAUUCUGUUAUAUCGGAUGUACUGAAAACCCUAGGUCUGACUGGAACUGAAAACACUCCAUGUAGUAAACUAUCAGGUGGACAAAGAAGAAGACUUUCCAUUGCCGUGGAACUUAUUGACAAUCCACCAGUUUUAUUUCUUGACGAGCCUACCACAGGUCUAGACAGUGUGUCAUCAAAACAAUGCAUGGAAUUGUUACAAAAUCUCGCACGAGUCGGACGAACUAUAAUCUGCACAAUUCACCAACCGUCUGCUACUAUAUAUAAAAUGUUCGAUCAGGUAUACGUGUUGGCCGAAGGUCAGUGUAUCUAUCGAGGACCCAGUUCUCACACAGUCCCACAUCUAGCUAGUCUUGGUCUAGUAUGUCCCAAAUACCACAAUCCAGCGGAUUACAUUUUAGAACUAGCAAAUGGUGAACAUGGUAAACUCAAUGACGUUCUAACGGCUAACUGUGUUCCUGAAAAACUAUGUGAGCGUAUUCCGGAUCUGCCAAUAGAGAACCGCCCAGCACUAUCUAAUGAAAAAAUGACCAUAGUAAUAAAUAGACCUUACGAAUUUUACAAAUUCAAAGUACUCUUCAAAAGGUGUGUCAUGCAACAGUGCCGUGAUUGGACAGUAGUUCCUCUUAGGCUGGUUAUCCAUGUAAUCAUCGGUAGUAUGUUGGGACUGUUCUUCAAUAACGUCGGCAAUGAUGCUUCCAGAACUCUCAGUAACCUUGGCUUCCUCAUUAUAUCACCUACCUACCUCUGUUAUACAUCGCUCAUGCCAGCAGUACUUAGAUUUCCUGAUGAAUUACCAGUGUUGAAGAAAGAACAUUUUAAUAACUGGUACAAUCUCAAAACUUACUAUAUCGCAGUGCUAGUGACGAAUACACCAAUACAGAUCUCCUACAGUUUAAUAUACUCAAUACCAGCGUAUCUUCUCAGCGGACAGCCGAUAGAGUUACAUCGUUUCGCGAUGUUCGUUCUCAUCCUUUCACAUGUAUCUCUCUUAGCAGAUACGAUUGGCAUCUUCAUUGGUUCUUGCGUCAAUCCUAUUAAUGGUACAUUCCUGGGAGCGAUAACGACCUGCGUCAUGAUAGUUUUCGCUGGUUUCCUCGUGAUACCAUCUCAUAUGCCGCCAAUACUCCAACCUGUAGCGCAUGGGUCUUUCAUGAAACAGGCUUACGAAGCGCUUACACUCUCUAUGUACUCCUUCGACAGAACAGCACUUACGUGUGGUGAAGAUAAGAUAUACUGUCAUCUCAAGUUGAAAAUCCUAUUAAUUGUUCUUUUAUUAAAAUGUGUUAAUUUGAGUGAUGUGUCGCACUAUGAAAUAUUGGGGGUAUCUAAACAAGCGACUACACAAGAGAUAAGGCAAGCAUACAAAAAACUUGCUGUUAAAUUACAUCCUGAUAAAAAUUCGGAUUCGACAGAACAAAAGAAAUUUCUAGAAAUUACAGAGGCAUAUGAAAUUUUAAAAGAUCCAAAUAAAAGACGACAUUAUGAUUUGUAUGGAUCGCAGCAAUCAUACACAAGAAAAUAUGAUUACCAUUCACAAACAGAAUAUAAUAAUUUAUAUUACAAUGGUCUUUACCAUGAUAAUCCUUAUGUAAAGACUUUAUCGGGGAGGGAAUUCUAUCAAUAUUUAAAUGAAGGUCUGUAUUUCAUCAACUUUUAUUCACCAUUUUGUCCACCAUGUCAAAAUUUGGCAAAUCAUUGGAAGAAAUUGGCUCAAAUCUAUAAAGGAAUUGUCAAAGUAGCAGCUGUCAACUGUAAAUAUCACAAUUCAUUCUGCUACAAUAACAUGAGAAUUUCUAGUUAUCCAUCAUUAUAUUUCUAUCCAUAUGGUAAACAAGGAAGUUUCAUAUAUUACAAUGGCGCCCAUACAUUUGAGGCUUUAGAAAAGUUUGUUCUUAAAUAUUUAAAUAAUAGGAUAAAUAUAGUUAAAGUAAAUCAAGUAAGAAGUACAAAUCAACCCACAUUGUAUGUUCUGGACGAGGAUGCUAUUUCAGAUGAAAUGAUUAUAAGGAUAGCAUUUCAAUUGAAUGGCAUAGCCACUGUAGUUAAAGCGGGUGACGCUAUACGUAGAAAACUGACUGAUAAUGAUGAAGCUAUAUUUGUGUUUAAAUAUAAACAAACACACAAAGACAUUACUAGCUUAGGGGAAGCGAAUAUCAUUAACAGUGUUCUGAAUUCAUUGCCAACGAUACAGAAGAUUGGAUUGAACAAUUUGAAGACAAUCAGAAAUAAUUUAAGAAAUGGCAAUGACAAACCGUGGGUUCUAUUUUUCUUCAAGAAAGGGGAUGACAAACUGUUGUUGCAUCAACUAAGAGUUGAAUUGGUUGACAUGAAUUUUGGUGAAAUUGAUUGUGACGAGAACACAGAGCUGUGUGCAUCUUUCCAUAUUGAUGAGACACCUGAUUGGUCGAUUUUAAAGGUGGGCGGGGCUUACCAAAGGUUGGUAACCUCCACUAGCGCUAAUAUCAAAAAAGCUGCCCGUGCGUAUUCACUCCAUACGCUUUCCGCUGCUGACAUGAAGCGGAUACUUGACGGAGACACAUCAACAUGGGUUCUUCUCGUGGCUCCAUUCAGGGUUCCUUGGGAAGACCUAGUUGAACCCUUCACACAAGUUAGUUUGGAAUUAGAACAUAACGAUGUUAAUUUCGGCAUAAUGUCGUGUACGGUAGACAAUGACGGUCAAUGUCGUCGUUUAACGGACGGACAAGCAUCUAUUGUUAUAGUGAACGGGACACUCACUAACAUAUACUACGGUGAUAUCAAUAAAGAAGAACUGGUAGACUUCAUACAGCUAGUACAAGAUACUUCAGAUAUAUUAAUAUCGGAAGAACAAGUUAUGGACCUAGUUCAUAGACGGUCAGUUGGAUGGCUAAUCGCCUUUAUGCCUAAAUGUGGUUCAACUUGUCACAGACUGCUGCAUCAAAUGAGAAUAGUAGCUAAAAGGCUCAAGCCAUUAGAGUCUGUGCGUGUUGGAGUACUACAGUGUGAAAAUCAAUCUGGUUUCUGUGGUAAUGUUCGUUCGCCCACACUACGUUACUAUCCAGCGAAACAUUCCCAUUUAUACACAGUAAGUCUUCAACAACUAUCUGAGGCUCCGUACAUUCUGGAAUGGGCUUUGGAGUACAUUGACAAAUCAGUGACACCAAUUAAUUGGAGGACAUUCACUAAGGAUGUUAUAUCUGAAGAGUUGAAUCCAACCAGUAUCAAAAAGCCAUGGCUGGUGUAUUUCCAUUCUCCCAGAUGUUACCGGUGCUAUGAAAUGUAUCCUGACUUUGCAAUCUUAUCAAUUUUCCUCAAAAACAACAUACAGUUUGGUAAAGUGAACUGUGUGUCAGAACGUGGUCUAUGUCAACAUGAGCACAUAACAAGUUAUCCGUCAAUCAAGUUAUAUUUAAGCAGGAAUAAGAAAAAUCCAAGCAGAAUCAUUCCACUUCAAGCCAAAAAUUAUCUAAGUUUACUUCAAGAUAUACAACCUCAUGUAACAAAAUAUGACAAUGAUCUGCUACAGAGUAUACAAAAUAUUGGCAUCAAGAGUCAUAUUAGGGAUGAAUUAUAG